AUCUCCAGUGAUUCUAUUUCUGUCCAUUGUCUGUUGCUGGCGCAGUGCAGUGAUGCAAUAAAUAAUAAACCUUUCUUUUUCAUUUGCCAUAUCACAGUGACUAACUCAAGCCUACGAAGAUGAAGACUUUCACCUCAAUUCAAACACCCCACCAUUUUCCUUGCACACCUUUUUUCUCUCACUUUGCCAAAAGGACUCAACUUUCUUUUCCUGCAAAGGUCUUCUUUUGCCAGGCAAAAUCUGGCAUAGAUGGAUCAUUGAAUUUGGAAGUGGUGUCUCCAACUCUGUUAGCAGCAGAAAAGGAAGAAGCCAAGGCUGUAUUAACCUUGUUUUUGAAGAAACAAGGUUUGAGCAAUUCGGUCGCUGCUAGAACCAUCAACAAGUCAGAUCUUUUCAUUGAUCACCUUGUCUCAAAGCUUCAUUCUAAACACAAAUCUUGGUAUCUCGCAGGUAGAGAGCUUACAACUCUGGAGAUCAGGGACUCUCUAAUCCCAUAUCUUGAGUCUCUUUUUGAAGAGCAUGGAGACCUUCUAGUGGAUGUAGUGGAAAACUAUCCAAAUCCACCUGUUAAGGAUAAAUCAGAUGUGCCAGUUCCUCCUUCUAGUCCAGUAUUAGACUCUAAGAAGCUUAAAGCCGUGUCUCGAGUGAGCGCGAUGGACCCAGAUGGUGGCAAUCUCCGCCCUCAUAUUGUCUAUCUCAUGGAACUUGGUAUGGAUAUUGAGCAGAUAAGGAGUAUCACACGACGAUUCCCAUCUUUUGCCUACUAUAGCUUGGAGGGUAAAAUUAAGCCAGUAGUUGAGUUUUUUCUUGAACUUGGAGUGCCAAAAGAGCACAUUCCCACUAUCCUCAGCAAAAGGCCUCAAUUAUGUGGAAUCAGUCUAUCUGAAAAUCUUAAACCCGCCAUGAAGUUCUUAGAAUCUUUGGGAGUUGACAAGAAGCAAUGGCCAAAGGUGAUCUAUCGCUUCCCGGCCCUGCUAACUUAUAGCAGGCAGAAAGUGAUGGAAAGCAUAGAUUUUCUCCAUGAAUUUGGCCUCUCAGAAGAGAGUAUUGGUAAGAUUUUAACUCGUUGCCCCAAUAUCGUUAGUUAUAGUGUAGAGGACAAUCUCCGACCAACGGCUAAUUACUUCUGUUCUUUGGGGGUUGAUGUUGGGAUUCUUCUAUUCAGAUGUCCACAGAAUUUUGGUCUUAGCAUUGAGGCCAACCUAAAGCCUAUAACAACAUUUUUCUUGGAGAGGGGAUACACUUUGGAAGAAAUUGGGACCAUGAUUUCAAGAUAUGGAGCCUUGUAUACUUUCAGCUUGACUGAGAAUCUGAUUCCAAAAUGGGAUUUCUUUUUGACCACAGGUUACCAAAAAUCUGAUCUGGUUAAGUUCCCUCAAUAUUUUGGAUACAGUUUAGAGGAAAGGAUUAAGCCUAGAUUUGUAAUUAUGAAAAAAUCUGGAGUGAAGUUACUCCUUAAUCAGGUUCUUUCACUGUCAAGCAGCAACUUCGAAGAGGCAUUGAAAAAGAAAAUGAAGAAAAUGCAAAAUGGUUAGGAUUCUAGUUAUAGCAGCAAAGUUGCUCAAUCCAUCAGCCGAUGAAAAUCAAAACUUUCAGGCAGUGUUUCAUGUUAGAAGAUGCUGAACUUCACAAUUUUUAUUUUUUUUGGGGGGGGGGGGGGGGGGUAUCAAUGGCGUGAUGACUGCGAAUUCAUGUGAAGUGAAAAGUUGCUAAGUUGCUGUUAUACUGGAACAUGGUCAAUCAAUAACUAGCUCCUGAAACCAAAUUACAGCUCAUGUUAUGAACUUUUAGCAUUCUGAUGUAUUGGAGUGAUUUAGAGAAUUGUAGCUCCUGAAACCAAACAAUUUUACUGGGUUUUUUUUACCUGAACAGAAUAGCCCUGGUUACAGCUCUACUUACCAAUUGCUGUUGUAAUAUGUGAUUGUUUUUAUCUCCAAAAUUUCUUAGUAAAAUAGGUGAUUCUGGGAUGCAUGAAAUGAGAUUAAGCCAAAUUUUGCUAA